CUGAUCCCUAUUGUUGAAUUAAUUUUAAAAUUGGGAAUGCAGAGUCGCAAUGGGACUGGUGCUGUCAUCAUUUCCCCUACACGAGAGCUUAGUCUCCAGACCUACAGUGUUUUGAAGGAGCUCACAGCUCACACCCAAAUUCGCAUUGGCCUAAUCAUGGGUGGCAGUAACCGACAGGCUGAAGCCCAGAAUUUACAGAAAGGUGUCACUAUACUUGUAGCAACUCCAGGCAGGCUUCUUGACCACUUGGCCAACACUGAGAACUUCCUUCGUCACAAUCUGAAAGCCUUAGUAAUCGAUGAGGCGGAUCGUUUGUUGGACAUUGGCUUUGAACUUGAGAUGGAGCAGAUUAUUCGUCUGCUACCAAAAGACCGACAAUCCAUUUUCUUUUCAGCUACGUUAAAUGAGAAGACGCACAAGCUUGCGAAGUCAGCACUAAAGACCAAUUGCAUUAUGAUCGGAGUUGAGGAACAGUGUGAGGCAACUGUGGAAACGCUCGAACAAGGUUAUGUGAUCUGUAAUCCUGCUACGAAAUUUUCUUUGCUCUAUACAUUUCUCAAACGUAAUAGGAACAAGAAGAUCAUGGUUUUCAUGUCAGCAUGUAUGGAAGUCAAGUUCUACUAUGAGUUACUAAACUUUAUUGAUCUGCAAGUUCAGGCCAUUCAUGGACGUCAGAAGCAGGCUAAGCGGACUAGCACCUUCUUAAGUUUCGUCAAGGCUCAAAGUGCUGUACUUCUCUGCACAGAUGUGGGUGCCCGAGGUCUGGAUAUUCCUGAGGUUUGUUUGUAA